UUGCUUUUUCUAAUCGUCCAGUAGAUUAUUACCGACAAAGCAAAUGAUUUUCUUUUAUUUUUUUCAACCACAGUUUGAUUGUGUCACGUUUUUGAAACGGUGGCGCGUUACAAAGGUGGAAUUUGGUUGGAAAGGUGGCAUAUGAGAUGGCUUGCGCGUUCAUGGCUUCGCACCGUGGACAGUUCCUCAGAUGCAGGCCUGGAGCGGUGGGGGACAACCUGGGGCUCGCGGCCCGGAUGCGAACCACUAGUCAUCCCCCAGCAGCAGGUCCAUUGAAGAAGACACCAGGCAUCAUGAAGCACUUCCUGAGGAUGUUGACCCAGUUCUUUGUGUUCCUCUACUGCAAAUGUCUGUGGCGAGGGCUCAAGUUUGUGGCACGUAAGUUUACGGGACGCUGCGAGCUACAGCGGAUUUGCUACAACAACAAACACGGUGCCCGCAGGACGCUCAAGAUCGAGUCAUCUUUGAAGUACUCCAAAAAUGAACUGCUGCAGUCUGCCCUUAGCGCUCAUCCUGACAAAGUAGAGAAAAUCAUUGACGACAUCAUGGCUCUGAAGAAGAUCAACCCUGAUACCAAUCCUCAGUUGGGCAUCUCCCUUCAGGCCAGCCUGUUACAAAUUGUAGGCUACAGGAACUUAGUGGCCGAGGUGGAGAAGCUCCGGCGGGAGCCUUACGACUGUGACAACGCACAACACGAGGACAUGCUGAUGAAGUUGUGGGAGGAGCUGCGUCCCGACACCCCGCUGACCGGACGUAUUUCCAAGCAGUGGUGUGAGAUUGGAUUCCAAGGCAGCGAUCCCAAGACGGACUUCCGAGGAAUGGGCCUGCUGGGUCUCUACAAUCUGCUGUACUUUGCUGAACACGACAAGGCUGCAGCUCUGCAGAUGCUCCAUGAUUCCCUGCUGCCCAAGCACAAGAGUGCGCAAGGGAGUCGCAGCGAGGCAAACGCAUCAGAAUGUGAACCCACAAAUGUUGACAAAGCCAUCGGCUAUUCCUUUGCCAUCGUGGGCAUCAACAUCACAGACCUGGCCUACUCGCUGCUGGUGAGCGGUGCCCUGAAGACACACCUGUACAACGUGGCCCCCGAAAUGGCCACCCUGCUGCAUCUCCAGCAGACCUUCUGUUACCUGAUGCAGGAGUUCCAUCGCUUCUGGAUUGAAGAGGACCCCAGCGACAUCAUGGAGUUCAACCGCGUGCGCGCCAAGUUCCACCGGCGAGUCGUGAGGCAGCUGCGGGACCCCGAUGCGGCGCUGUGCCCCCGCUUCUCUGCCUCCGACCUCCACUUCGUCAACCUCUAGGCGCAGCUACACUUCCCCCCUUCCGACUGCAACCCACCGCACCCCACCAUCGGAUGUCCCGGUAGGCCUGUCUGUAAAAAUGCUCGGGCGAAUGACAUGGAUGCGUCACUGCCGGUGGCUUAUUCUUGAUUUGAUGAUUAAUACUUCAAUUAUCGACAUUAUGAAGAAAUACUGUAUUGAUGGGAUGUU